UGGCAAAAAAAAAAAAAAAAAACCCUAGGGGACAGCUUCAUCAGCUUACUGCUUACACAGUGCUAAACAUUUCAAUUUCAGUCUGCUUUUUUUCCAGAAAAAAGAAGUUAAAAAUACCAAUUUGGAUAUUUUAUGCCAAGUUGAAGGAGUUUGUUUAUUUGAAUGAGUGAACUGAAUGUGACAAAUUAGUAAUUUUGAUUGGGUAAGAUGGCGAGAUGGGACGAGAUACUGUCUCUUCCAGUACAGAGUCCUCCAUCUCCGGAAUUUUCAGCAGACGAUCUGGUCUGGUCCAAGAUUGAAGGCUGGCGUGACAAUAUAGACAGACUUGCCCUUAUCCCUUUCGACAGGGUCGCUGAUUUUGUCAGGGGUGAAUCUGCUAAUAAAGAUUGCCCAACACGAUUUCAUGUCGAAGCAAGACGACGCCGUCCUCCUCAUUCUUCUUACAAGCAGAAAGUUGACGGCGUUCUUGAGUACACUCUGUAUUGGUGUUCUUUUGGUCCUGAUGAUCAUCGGAAAGGUGGCGUUGUGCGGCCAAGUAGGACUACUUAUGUGCCGAAGAAGAAAAAUGCUGGUCGACCGAAUACUAAAAGAGGCUGCACCUGCCACUUUAUUGUCAAGCGGUUAAUAGCUGAACCAUCGGUAGCGCUUGUUAUUUAUAAUCAGGACAAGCAUGUGGAUAAGAAGGGCUUACCGUGCCAUGGUCCGCAGGAUAAAAAGGCUGAAGGGACCCGUGCAAUGUAUGCACCUUCUAUUUCUGAGGAGCUUCGCCUUCGGGUUCUGUCUUUACUGUAUGCUGGCAUUUCUGUGGAGACAAUAAUGCAAAGGCACACUGAAUCAGUAGAGAAACAAGGUGGUCCGCGCAAUCGUGAUGAUCUUUUAAAUCAUAGGUAUGUACGGAGACAAGAAAGGAACAUCCGCCGUUCUACUUAUGAACUGGACAUGGAUGAUGCAGUAAGCAUUAGCAUGUGGGUUGAAAAGAACCAAAGUCAUGUCUUCUACUAUCAAGAUUUUAGUGAUAGAGAUCCUUUCACUUUGGGUAUCCAAACGGAGUGGCAGUUGCAGCAAAUGAUUCGGUUUGGCAAUCGCAGUCUUAUAGCAUCUGAUUCUAGGUUUGGUACAAACAAAUUAAAGUUUCCUGUUCACAGCCUUGUCGUCUUCAAUGCCGAGAAGAAGGCCAUUCCAGUAGCUUGGAUAAUAACUCCAAGAUUUGCUAGUGCAGAUGCAUAUAAAUGGAUGAGAGCACUUUACAAUAGGGUUCGUACAAAAGACCCUACAUGGAACUUGGUUGGGUUCAUAGUGGAUGAUCCUUUAACAGACAUCCUUACAAUCAGGGAUGUAUUUCAGUGCUCUGUACUGAUAUCUUUUUGGCGGGUCCGUCAUGCUUGGCAUAAGAACUUAGUAAAGAGAUGCACAGAGACAGAGAUGCGUGUUCAAAUGUCGAGACGUCUUGGAGAUAUGGUAGAUGAUAUUUGCAGAGGACAUGGAACUGUAGAUUUGUUUGACGAUUUUAUCGAAGAUUUUGUUGAUGGCUCUGAUUUUAUGGAUUACUUCAAGGCAGUCUGGCGUCCUAGAUUAGGGAUUUGGACAGCUGCACUGAAAUCGCUUCCGCUGGCUAGCCAGGAGACCUGUGCUGCGAUGGAGCUUUACCACAAUCAGUUGAAAGUGAGGAUACUGAAGGAGGAGGAUCCUAGCAUAUAUCAGCGUGCUGAUUGGUUGGUUGAUAAGUUAGAGACAAAAGUACAUUCCUACUUCUGGCUUGAUGAGUAUUCAGAAAAGGAAGAUUUUGCAAGAUACUGGAAAGAUGAGUGGGGCAGCGGUUUGACAGCUUGGCAGAAAGCAUCAAAGAUUGCUGACGUUGAUGUUGUGAUUGAAGGGAAAUGUGCGAAAGUUAGUUACCAGCUUGAAAGAGAUAAGGUUCAUGUUGUCUGGAAUCCUGGUUCAAAUUUUGCUAUUUGUGAUUGCAGUUUGGCAGAAAUGGGCAACUUGUGCGAGCAUGUCUUUAAAGUUAGAAGAAUGUGUCACGAGAAAGGAUACAGGAAGCCAUCUAUUAGUCUAUUUCAGUAUAACCAGGCCUUGAUUGAGUUGCUAUACAGCCCACCCCCUAAUUCUUGGAUUCGUGAUCAUGCUGUUUCUCUAGCAGUCGCUGUGAACAAGGAAUUGGAUGCACUUGGUUGAUUUUUAAAUCACCACUGAUCCUGUUCAGAAACAAGUUGCGCACACUGUAAUUCGGCUUAAACCGAACUCAUUUGAGCCAAUCCAAAAUCAGUCUUAAGUGGUCUUGGUUUGGGCCUGAUCUGUCAAAUUGUUGCAAAUGGGCCUAUCCUUUCUUCAGUCGGUUUUGAGUUUUGAUGGUACGAAAAUUGGUCGAGAUAGAUAACAGAGUCUUGUCCUCUCUUUCUUAUGGGGAAGGCAAUCAAUCGUUCUUGCAUGCUUGGUAUUCUAUGAUACUCAAAUGUUUUGAAACAACUCCUCUCAAAACCCAUAAAGCCCACUUUUCUGGUGAAGCAAGAAUAGGGUUGACUUGACGAUUUCCAAGAUUUGAUUGUUUGCAAGCUGUGACAGGUUAUUGGCCCUUGUUUUAUGAACUAUGGAUGCAGAGCAGAUCUUGUAAAAAGGGCUGUUUCAGAGAGCAAAAUGUGAAUGUUACAAUUGGCAGUGCGACUGGUUAUGCCCCUCUCUUUGGAAGAGAUGAAGCCGAAUUUGAUCAUGGCAACGAGUGUUAAAACGGUGAGCUUAUGAAUCGAUACUAGUUUCUUCUCAUGCUAAUAAAAAACUAGUUUCUUCUCAUACUCUCUUCAUCUUACUGAACUUGCCAUGGAAUGGAGAAAGAAUCCAUUUUUCUUUCCUGAACUUGGUGUAUAGUGUAUAAUAAUCAUCAAUCAAAUUUUCAUGAAUUU